AUGAUGUUUAAUUGUCUUGUGUGGAAUAUAAGGGGAGUUGGUAACUCCCCUUCUUUAAGGAGGCUCAAGUCUCUUUGUUUUUUAAACAAAAUUCAGAUUGUCUCUAUUCUUGAACCUAUGAUUCCAGAAGAGAGACUGAAAGUUAUUGCUAAACGCCUUAAAAUGAACAAUUAUGCUAGUAACAUUAGUGGCAAAAUUUGGAUUUGUUGGAAGGAUUACAUUCCUCUUAGAAUUUUUUCCAACCAUGACCUAAUCCUGACUUUGGAAUCUGACCCUAGUUGGGGUUCCAUUUUAAUUUCCACUGUUUAUGCUAAAUGUAGCAGAGUGGAGAGACUUCCCUCAUGGAAUGAUAUCCAAACCAUUUCUAGUUUAAGGAGACCUUGGUGUGUGGGAGGGGACUUCAAUGUUGUCCUCUCUAGAUUGGAAAAGAGAGGGUUAACUGGUAUAAACAGGGGUUCAUCUAAUGAUUUCUUCCACUGUAUGCAAAAUUCCAACCUUUUUGACUCAGGGUUUUCUGGUUCUAGCUUCACCUGGACUAAUAGGAGAUGUUGGGCAAGAUUAGACAGAAUGUGUGUCAAUAGUGAAUGGCAAAACAAAUUUGCCUCCACGUUGGUCUCUCAUUUACCUAGGACUAAUUCAGAUCAUUCUCCUCUUUUAGUUAAAAUUGUGGACCAUCAUCAUAAUGGCCCUAAACCUUUCAGAUUUUUAAAUGUUCGGUUCUCCCAUAAAGACUUUAACAGUGUCGUUAAGGCUAGUUGGGAUUUACCUAUUCAUGGUCAGCCUAUUCAAAGACUGUAUGCUAAAUUAAAAAGGCUUAAAAACAACCUCAAUAAUUGGAAUAAAAUAAGUUUUGGCAAUAUUUUUCAAAGAGUGAUUGAUGCUGAAAAGGAAUUAGCUGCUUCCCAAUCUCCUUUUGAUUCAAACCCCUCAGAUGCUUAUAAAUUAGAGCUUCAAACUAAGUCUGCUAACCUUACUUCUGUUUUACUUCAAGAAGAGGCUUAUUGGAAGCAAAAGGCUAAAGUUAAAUGGUGUAAAGAAGGGGAUGCUAAUACUAAGUUUUUUCAUGCUUCGUGGGUUUCAGGAGAAGAAUUAGGAAAAAAUUUAGUCACCUUCUUUCAAUGCCAACUCUCCCAAAUUGAGGUCCCAGAUAGAGUCAUCACAGAAGAUUUUAUCUCCCACAUCCCUCAGAUUGUUACCCAAGGUGACAAGAUUCUACUGGAUAAUCUUCCAUACCCUAAUGAAGUUAAAAAUGUUGUUUUUUCUAUUGAUGCAGAUAGUUGCUCAGGCCCUGACGGUUUUAAUGGCCAUUUUUUUCAAUCCUGUUGGAACAUAAUAGAAUCUGACCUGGUGGAAGCUUGUAAAGCAUUUUGGAAUGGUCAAAACCUCCCUAAGUCUUGCACCAGUACACUUAUUGUUCUAAUUCCCAAAGUUGUCAACCCUACCAAGUUCUCUGAUCUAAGACCUAUAAGCUUAUGCAACCUCGUGAAUAAAAUUAUCUCUAAGAUCAUGGCUAUUAGGCUCCUCCCCAACAUUAUCUCCAGCAAUCAAAGUGCUUUUGUAAAAGGCGGAGACAUUUCAGAUAAUGUUUUAUUGGCUCAAGAAUUACUUGCUCAUUUAAAUAAGAAAGUCAGAGGCAACAAUGUUCUCAUCAAGUUAGAUAUGGCCAAAGCAUAUGAUAGAGUUUCUUGGCCUUUCCUAACUCAAAUGUUCAGAAAAUUGGGUUUUAGUGAGGGUUGGAUAGACUUAGUUUGGAAUCUGAUUUCAAAUAAUUGGUUCUCAAUCCUUUUCAAUGGCAAUUCUUUAGGUUAUCUUAAAUCAGGAAGAGGUUUGAGGCAAGGAGACCCUUUGUCCCCUGCCUUAUUCAUCAUCAUGACUGAGUCCCUCUCAAGGAAUCUCAACAAUUUGUAUUUGCUCAACGCUGCCUUUUCUUAUCAAACAGGAAGGAGAAUGGAUAUUAUUUCUCAUUUGGCAUAUGCUGAUGAUAUCCUUCUUUUUUCCAAUGGUUCUAGGAAAGCUUUUGAAGGCUUGUUGAAGGUGCUUUCUAGGUAUGAGCAUUGUUCUAGUACUUUAAGGCUGAUGGAGCUCACUAGCUUUAAUAAAAAAAAGCUGUCUAUCACUUAUCUGGGCUGCCCUUUGUCUAUUGAGAGGAAGAGGGUUAAUCUUUAUGAUAACUUAGUUGACAAAUUCAAGUCUCAAGUUGCUAACUGGAGUACUUCUCUGCUUUCUGUUGGAGGAAGAUUAAUCCUUCUAAAACAUGUGCUAUCCUCUUUUUGCAUUUACAUGUUUGCUGUCCUUUCUCCUCCUAAAAAGAUUCUUCAUGAAAUAAAUUCAAUAUGUGCCAACUUCUUUUGGGGGAAGACUGAGUUUGGAAAUAGGUUUCAUUGGGUGGCUUGGAGGAAGAUUACUAGGCCUAAGGCUAAGGGUGGUUUAGACAUUAGAGAUAUUUCAGAAAUGGUGGUGGCCCAAAGUUGUUAUAUAACAUGGAAAAGAAUGUGUAGUGUUAGACAAGUGAUGGAAAAAAACAUUAAAGUCAUCAUUGGUCAAGGUAAAGUUCAUAUGUGGAGGGAUAAUUGGUUAAGGGAUGGCCCUCUGCAGCUUAUCCCUGAUUUCAUAGUGGAGAAAAUCCUCACUGAAAUCCCUUCCAUCUAUGAUUGCCCUGGUAAGAUGAUCUGGAUGCCUAAUCAAAAUGGUAACUUCACGGUUAAGUCUGCCUGGCAUGUCACUAGGCAGAGUAAUAUUUUCAAUCCAGUUUAUGACUAUAUUUGGCAUGACCUAAUUCCAAUCACGAUUUCCAUCUUCAUGUGGAAAGUCUUAAAUAAUAAGCUGCAUGUGGAUGAAAAUAUUAAGAAAAAAGGUAUUAGUCUUGUUUCUAAAUGUGAUUGCUGUACUAAUUUUCCUCAUGUUGAAACUGUGGAACAUGUUCUAGUGGAAGGGUUUGAACAAACUCAUCUUACUGGUGGGCAAAUUAUUGAGGAAAUUAUUGAUCAAAUUAGAGUGCAAUUCCAGUGCAAAGCCAAGACUUCAAAUAUGGAACUCAGAGAUUUAAAUGUUAGUAAGCUCUUCUGUAUUCCUAUGAGAGCCAAUAGCAAAGGUAAGGUUUCUAUUCUUUACUGGAACCCUCCUCCUCACAAUGUUACUAUAAUUAAUUGUGAUGGUAGUGCCUUGAAUAAUCCUGGAGAUUCAGGGGGUGGAGGUGUUAUUAGACGUAGCUCUGGCAUUUUUGUGGCUGUUUUCUCUAAUUUUUAUGGCUCUAAUUCCAUUACCUUUGCUGAGAUGAUGGCUAUUCAUGAGGGUAUAAAUCUUGUUGCUUCCUUAGGGCUCUCAAACCUGCCUGUUGAAUCUGAUUCAUUAAUUGUUAUUAACAUUCUUUCUGAGAGGAGCUCGAUCAAUGGUGCUGCAGAUUUUCUAGGUUCCAAAGCUUCCAACAGUAAAGUUUCUGUAGCCUAUGACAGGUUUUGUAAUCUCCCUCCUACUGUUAAAGGUUCCCGUGUUUCUCUUCUUAACAGGAUCAUCCUUGCUCUUGCCAGAAAAUUUUCUCUCAAGGACUCGGGUGAUGAAUACAAGUUUUGA